GUUAUCUGUUCUAAAUAAUUACUUAAAAUUUCAUUAUAUUAUUUUUUUAUACUAGAUCACUAUACAUCAGUAAUACAUACGAAUAACUUAUUUGUUCAUUUAUACCUUAUAAAUUUUAUGUUCUUUUACAUGAUAAAAAUAAUGUACACCUCUUAAUCAACAUAAGAUUGAUGUAUAUACAUUAACAAUCAUGUGUUUAAACUAAUUAAUCUUAACUAAUAUAUUCUAUUUAAACAAAUAGUUUUCUUUUAUUAAAACGAUUUAUAACUGAUUAACUUUUAGAAAAAAGUAAAGACUGAAUUCGAUCGUUUUUUAAAUAGUGAAUGUAUUUUAACACUAUAAAGAUGUUAUAUAAGUGUAUACAGAAGAAAACAUUUAGAUUUAUUUUUUUGUUUUUACAAUUUUCAUGUGAUGGAAAAAAUUUAAAAGAAAAUUAUUCAUUCAUCAUAUUAGUGAUACAUGUAGAAAAAAGAAGAGAAAAAAGAAAAAAGAAAAAGAAGAAUGGAAGUAAUGAAAAGAAAAAAAAACAUUUUUCAAGUACUAUUCAAAAUGAAUACAAUAAACUUAUACGUUGUAUGUAUGGUUAGUGCAAAUAUAACACCGAUCUGCGAUUAACUAGUCAAUUGGAAAGCAACAUCAGAAAAAACAUUGAAACUAUGUGGGUGAGUGAUUUUUCUUCUUUUUACUAUCCCAUAUUGAAUUAUUUCACUUUGUAGUUGUAAUUCGGCUGUUGUAUUAAGUUUAUUCGUUACUGGUUGAAAACAUUUUGUUGUUUGAUUAAUGACCUCUUUUUGUUUACUUCUGCUAAUCGAAUCUACCUUAUUAAACUUAUUGAUUGAUUUUAAUCUAAAGGUUUCACCACCUAAACAUCCUACAGUAUCUAACAUUUUUUAUGAUUCAUAUUUUUCGUCCUAUUUUUCCGGUGAAAAUUAAAUUCAUAAUGAUUUUAAAUACAAA